AUGAACCACCUGGAACAGAUGAUGCAAGUGGAAAAUCUCUUUAAAUGGAUGAAUGUUCUCUAUUUACCAAGCACAGAUUCUCAAGCUAACUCUCUUCGUACUAAUCAACCUAAUCCUCUGCAAGUUUCCAAGAGCACAGAUUCUCAAGCUAACUCUCUUCGUACUAAUGAAUCAGAUCAAUAUCCAGAGCAGAAGAUUAAAGAUGAAUAUGCAAAGUUUUAUUUAAGUAUGGAAAGUGAAUUUGUCUUGCCAACGUCCACCGUUCAAGUUAUUGCUGAACAAAUUCAGCGCACUACAGAAUUAAGUCAUCUUUGUCUCAAGAGAAAAUUAAGAACUGAACUGGAAAGUGUUGGCUUUGAUGAAAGUGAAAUUAAUAGUAUAAUUUCCAAGGUCUUUACAUCAGAUCCUAUUUUCAACAUCCAUCAUAAAACAAAAGAUAUUGAUCAGUUGGGCACUCAUCAUUUAAGGACUAAGUACUGGAAAUCCCACUACCCAUAUGUGGAGCCCAAAGAAGUGUUUUUGGGUGUUGAUGCCAAAGGAAGAAAGAAGUGUGCUCAUUUAUUUCCCUUGAGGGAGUCGCUCACAACUUUGCUUAAAGACCCUGUCGUCAAAGCCUCGGUAUUACAAUCAUUUGAAAUUCAACCCCAAGAUGAACACACCUUCACGACAUCUAAGAUAUUUUCCGAUUUCACUGAUGGUUCGGCAUUUGCUGAUCACAUGAAACAGCACCCAGGCAAGAAAUGUCUUCUCCUUUUUCUUUAUCAAGAUGCCUUUGAUUUUGGAGCAUUUGGGCCCUCCCAAGGUGUUUAUAAGCCUUUAGCAUUUUACUAUGCUCUUGGUAAUAUUAAGGCUGAGCACCGAACCAAGUUGGGAUGCAUCCAAAUGUUGUACUUGGUUUUGGAAAAGUACUUUAAAGCUACUCUAGAAGAGGACCUCAAAGAAGUGGACAAAAUCAAAGAAGUACUUCAGCCUAUCCUUGAUGAAUUAGAAGACCUGAAGCUGAAUGGUAUUGAAAUCAAUGGCGAAAUAAUUCCUGUUUGCCUGAUGUUUGGUUUGGGUGACAAUGCUGGUCAGCAUUUCCUCGGAAGAUAUGUUGGUUCCUUCUCAGCCACUCAUUCUUGCAGAUUUUGUCCAACUUCUACUAAAGAUUUCAAAAAUAACCCCACUGAAUGUGAAGCGUUUCGCACUCCUAGAGAGUAUGAUGAAGCUGUGGAAAUAGCCAAAAAUAAGUGGAUUGCUGAGAAAGAGAGAGCUUUAGACUUUGCUAGGAGGCAGGAACACCAAGAUCCAACAAGUACCUCCAAGAAACAAGCUAUCUCCAAGCAUGCCCACAAGAAACUUAACGGUAUACAUCAUAAUGGAGUAAAGUUCUUUCCUUCUCCCCUGAAUUCAGAUAGCUUUCAUGUGUCCAAUUUUUCUCUAUGUGUUUGCCUUGGCCAUGAUCUUUUUGAAGGUAUAGUGAAGAAUAUGCUUCCUGCGAUCCUGAAACAUUUAUCCCAAGUGAAUAAAUGGUUUACUCUAGACAUUUUGAACCAUCGAAUUAGAACUUUCACCUGUGAAGGUAGUGAUAAAAACGAUGCUCCCACACCUUUAAAAUCAUUUGAUAGUCUCGGGGGAAAUGCCUCAGAAAAUUGGACCCUUCUCAGGGUUUUACCUUUCUUAAUCGGCGACUUCAUUCAAGAUAAAGAAGAUGAAAUGUGGUGUCUGUACUUGCAGCUGAAAGAGAUAGUUGAAUUAGUUACUGCUCCAAGAAUUUCUCUACAGCAGGUUUUAUACCUCAAGUCAUUGAUCAAAGACUAUCUGCUGGAUGUGGAAAAGUUGUUGCCAGCUUGCUUAUAUCCUAAGCAACACCUAUUACUGCACUACCCUGAUUUAAUUCUGAAGUUUGGCCCACUUAUCAGACUUUUCACUUUGCGCUUUGAAAGCAAGCAUUGUUUUUUCAAAAGUGUAGCGAAGGCUUGUAGAAACUACAUAAAUAUUACUUAUACGUUGGCUCGAAAGUAUGCAUUCAAGUUUGCACUGGACCACAGCGAUGGGCUCCUUCCACCAGACAUUUCUUUCAAUUCUCGGGACGUUGUCAGAGCAUGUGAUGUAGCAUGGACUAAAGAACAAAUGGAUGUCAUUAAUACUAUUCAGGAUCUUGAGAAGAUAAAAGUCUUAGACAAAGUGGAGGUUUAUGGAGUGAAGUAUAGCACCAGUGAAAUCCUCCAGCUGGAUCUUCUUAGAAUUUGUGAUCUUGAAGUUGGUGUUAUAGAAAAAAUACUUAUGGACCACCACAAUAAUGUUGCAUUUUUAAUUGAAGUAAUGUCUGCCACUAACAGCUUCAAUGGUCACUUUAAAAUUCACCCUUCCAAGAACAAAGAAUUUAGGAUUAUCACAUAUGAAGACCUUGUUGACUAUUACCCACUUCCAGUCUAUAAUUUUGGUAGGGCAAAAUGUUUUGUCCUAAAGCAUUCUGCACCAUUUGUCUUGCAAUAG